AUGCGCGCAUCACUGAGCUUGUUGACGAUCGCGCUGGGGUGUUGGGCGUCGUGCGCCAGCGCUGCGGCGGCCUCUAAGGAGAAGGUCUGCUCCUUGCGGCCCCUUGGCCAUGGGAGGGACGACACUGAUCAGGUUGAAGCCGCCAUCGCGAAAUGCGGACAUUUCGGAACGACCGUGUUCGCACCGGGGCAGUAUAACAUCACUAGGAAAAUGACCUGGGACCUCGUCUCGUCCCGCGUCGACCUGCACGGCUCCCUAAACUUCAAACCCGACAUCGCGUACUGGCUCGACCCGGCCAACACCUACCGCGUGAUCUUCAUCCAGUCCCAGGCGUCCUGGUUCGUGCUCACCGGGCGCGACUUCACCGUCGACGCGCACAACGCUGGGGGCAUCGCGGGCAACGGCCAGGCGUGGUGGUCGUUCUUCGCGAACCGCACGCGCGCGGACGGUGACGGGCGCCCCGUCGCGCUCACCCUGUCCAACGUCACCAGGGGCGUGGUGAGGGACUUCCGCGUUGAGGGGCAGCCGUUCUGGUGCAAUGCGGUCGCGGAUAGCAGCGAGGUGGUGUAUGAUGGGAUGUACUGCAAUGCGACGAAUGCGGAUCCGGUGUGGGCGGGGCAGAACAUCGUUCCUAACACGGAUGGUAUCAACACAUACCGUUCCGACAAGAUUUCCCUCCUGCGCUUCGAUAUCACUAGCGGCGACGAUUGUUUAGCCAUCAAAGGGAACUCGACGAACAUCUUCGCGAAGGACAUUACCUGCCGCGGAGGGAACGGGAUCGCCAUCGGCUCGCUCGGCCAGUACGCCGGCCUCCCCGAUAUCGUCGACAAUUUGGUGAUGGAAGACCUCAAGUUGAUCCGCCUAGACCCACAAGUACAGCCGAACAUGGUCUCGGGCGUAUACCUCAAAACGUGGACGGGCUCCGUGCACGGCGCGCCGCCCACCGGAGGCGGAGGUGGCGGCGGAUUCGUGUCGAACGUGGUCGCGAAGGGCGUGUCGGUCGACCGCGUCACGGUCCCGAUCCACCUCUAUCAGACGAACGGCGGCGGCUCGGGCGACACGCCGUCGAGUCUGCAGUUCAGCAACCUGACGUUCAGCGACUGGACGGGCACCUCUUUGCGCAACACCAUCGUGGACGUGGAGUGCAGCCCGGCGGUGCCGUGCCCAAACAUCCGCUUCGAGAACGUGAACAUCGCCCCGCCGAACGGCACCGCGGCGAGCUUCAAGUGCAUCAAUGUUGCGAGCGAGUUCGGGCUGCCUGCGUGCAAUGCCACUGGUGCGGCCUAA